CAAGUAAUCAGUUUAACUUUUACUUCUUUAUUGAUUGAUAUAAAUGUAUGGCUUUUUGUAUUUGAGAAUAUGAACAAGUAACGGAAACUCAUCCAUGAUUUCCGAUUUGAUUUAUGAGGCUAUUGACAUGCACGCUGAGUUGAUCGUUAAUUAAAGUGAAAUAUAAAGACAGGCUCUGGCACAAGAUCAUCAGCAUUCUUGGAUAUUACAACAAGGUUAUAAAAGACUUAAUUCAUAAUCCAAAGACAGUAAAACUAAAUGAAAAUUGGAUACAAAAAUAUCAUUCUAAAGAUUUAUUAAUUAGAGGUAACUACCUGGGGAUAUCCAUAGAUCAAAGAGGACAAAAGCAUCACUGAAAGCUACGUCCUUGGAAAGUAAACUUAUAAUCUGCUGAAGUCAACGGACGUUUUUAUUGUCAACAACGACGAAUUAAAGAACUGAGUAAGCUUUAUAAAAUAAUAUUAUUUAUCAUAUAUGGAACGUAUUAUAAACAUUUUUCGAUCCGCUAUAACAUACAACAUAAAAUGCUCUUCAAUAUGAAAAGAAUUCGGAAAACAAACUAUAAGUUGAUUUAACCGCCAUAGAUAUGGAUAUUGGCAGUGCUUAGGAAACAUCGAAUAAACGUCGACAUUUCAACGAGGAUAGUACUCAGAUUGAAUAUAGACUAAAAAACAGUUUCGUGUAUAUGAAACAAGGAAAACCUUGCUGGAAUAAACUGGUGGGAAUACAGCGAUGAUAUAAAUGGUGAAAGAAAGGAAGGGUUAAAUUUAAGUUAAAGUGUACUUCAUACUUGGUGAUAACUUGAAAAUGACGUCGAAACCAGUCAAUACCACGUUAGGUACAAAUAUUAGCGUGUUAUACGAGAUCUAUACGAAUGUUGAGUUAAACGUGUAUGGAAUAGUAUUACCUAUCGUAUGUAUUGUUGGGAUAAUAACAAAUAUACUCAACCUGCUUGUUUUAACAAGACCUUUGAUGCGAAACGCGACAAACAAGUUUCUUUUAGGACUGGCUGCGUGUGAUUUAGGCGCUCUGACAAUUCUGCUCAUAUAUUACAUAUACUUUUAUUCAUUGAGAAAUGGUGCCAAAUUGAAUGAUGGCGAUGAUUGGUUGACGAUUCCGUUUCCAUGGAGACUAUUUUAUCACGUACAUAGUAUACCCGCCAAUAUAUUUGUCACCGCCUCAAAUACGCUUGUCCUCGGAGUAACUGUAUUUCGCUUCUGUGCAGUAAAGUUUCCAGUGAAGGCUAAAAAAUUGUGUACCAAUCACCGGGCCAAGUUAUACAUAGUCGCUACAAUCAUAUGGUCGAUGAUUUUAAACAGUCCAGAAUUUUUUCAAAAACAUUUGGUAUGUGCCAAAUCUGAAAAUAUAAUAAACGGCACCAUAUAUUCUACUUCAAUUUGGAAAAUGAAUUCAACUUCGAUAUACUACAAUAGGUUAUUUCAAACGAUAUAUUACCCGACAAAAACUGCAUUAAACAUUCUGAUUCCCUGGCUAGCCUCUCUGAUUUUGACUAUCAUCUUGCUCCAUUCAUUAUGGGCAAACGUUCCUGAUAAAAACGCAAAGUUACGAAGACGUUCUGAGCAGCUAAUCCAAUCCAAGAAUACGAAGAUGUCAAAAAUGCGCAAGAAUUAUUAUAUUACCUGGACGCUAAUUGCUGUCAACUUUUGUUUUUUGAUUUGUCAAGGACCAUCUGCAGUUUUCUUUAUGCUUAUCAUCUCCUUGGAUAGAGAAGAACUAUACAAAGGGGAAUAUUCUAUAGCGAGAGUGUUUAUUGAUAUGUUUCUUGUCAUGAACCUCGCUUUGAAUUUCUUUCUGUACGCCAUGGCCAGUUAUUCCUUUCGCCAAGAACUUUUCCGUUUAUUCUACACCUCCCCGUGCUUCAAACGACAUGGAAUUCUGAUACAGAGCGAAUCGAGGUAUAAUGGGUCGAAAUGGAGAAUCCAGAGUGUUCAAAAUGUCAAAUAGAUGGGACUAAAGGCAAGGAAGAAGGAUCCUUGCCAAUUCUGUAGCAAAACUCACGUUGCUUCGAACGCUUUGAACCAACUACCGCUGAAGAAUCGGAGAGGAAUACUUUACAUUAUAAUGCCAGUCCUCCAAGCUCUGGAGUACUACUGAGAUUUUACAUCAGACACAGAGCUAAUAUAUUUUACCACAAAUAUUUGUAUGUUAUCCUUCAAUAGUUAAGAUAAGUGGAAUAAGCGUGGCAAAUUGAAACAAAAAAGUAAAAGUAAAAAUAUGA